AUGGUCGGCCAUUCAACACCCGGGGGAUUCCUAAGAUUCCUAAGAUUUGGCCGAUCGGGGUCGCUCAAGGCGUUGUCAGCGGCGUCGAGCAGCAAGCAUCCUCCAAGAGAAGCUCUCAGCCUGCGGGUUCUGUUCAUGCGGUUGAUAUACGCGUUAGUGGUGGUCGUCAUCGCGAUGUGUGGCAGCGUUUCGUUUGAGGAGGUGGCUCGGAGAAUAGCGAAUUCGCAGACCAGUAACGUCCCGAAACGAGCUCAAGUCCUCAUCAACCUCCUCGGGACAGGCCAAUUAGACUCGCAACUGCCCAUGCAGCAGCAGCAGCAACAGCAGCAGCUGGUGUCGUCAUCAGCAGACGUGCUCAAGGAGUGGCGGCCCGAGGAGGUUCAGGAGGCCAUCCCAAUCGUGUUUGUCACCAGCCACGUGCCCAACGAGCCUCACCACCCCGCCCUAGUGGUUAUUGAGCAGGCGCGGAGUCUGAAUGAUCUGGUGUACGUGGUGGGACCCAACCCCAACCUGAAGCACCUGUCAGCACUGGGAGUGACCAUUGAGGGGCGCAACGAGUACAACGAUACGUGUGCCUGGCUUGCUCGCAAGAUGGGGGUGACGCGCAUCGAGGUGGCGCGGCCAUGGAUCCUUGCGGCCUUCAUGGAGCGCCACAACUUUUCCCGAGUGCUCUCCCUCUCCAUCGACGUCAUGCUCUAUGCCAACGUCUCACAGAUGGUCGCAUGGAUGUAUCCAUCAUCCAAGAUGGUGCUCCCCGUGCGAUGGCCUUCCAUGCAGCCGCCUCCUCUCCCCUCGCAGUACACUUCAACGGCAGUCUCCAACCAUGCAGCUCUGUGGCACAUCGACGCCCUGAAAGACUUCUUAGCCUUGUACAAGCAGAUCUGGUCCAUGGCGCUGUUCGGAGGGCGUCCAGGUUCGGCGCAUCUGAUGCGCAAGAAGGAGUACAGCGAGAUGACCAUGCUGGGGUGGUACACGUGGAGCGAGUGCUGGACCAAUGACAAGCUUGAUCCGCCCUGCAUGGCCGAGCCUGUUACUGGCGUGAGUGCCAAGCUUGCUUAUCGCCUCCGCCGCACGCGCUUCCGCCCCAAGUUCCUUGUCGAGUCGCUCUGCCAGCCGCGGGCGUGCCACAACUCCUCGUGGUCCGACGAGGGGCUGUGCGUGUGGGACAACAAUUUCUCCAUCGCCACUCCCUCACACUUCUUCCGCUUUGCACCCACGCGCGGCGACAAGUGCCCCAGCAGCAAGCUGUACGAGCAUUUCCAUGCGUGGAUGGGCCAGGUCCCCCGCAAGAACGUUCAAUUCCUGGCUGUCAACUUCCAGGGGAGUCGGAGGGACUACUUGAAGCUCGAAGAUCCCGACCCUGCAAAAACAUGGGGCAGUGCUGUCUUUUGA